CAUUCACACUUCGUUACAUGCGAAUAUAUAUUCUCAUUAUGCGGUAUUAGUGGUUAACCAUCUGUUUUCAGGGACGUUGGUCUAGGCUUGAUAGAUCUCGCAUUUCCGGAGGAUUUCUUCAUCACCGCUAAAGCAGCCGAGGAGAGAAAUCGCGACGCAGCUAAGUGGUCAACCUUGUACGAGACGGUCAUCAGUACUCUGCAAUCCCUCUACGCGAAAGACGCGCGUGUUCAUUUCUUGCCUCAUGAGUUCUGGAGUAAUCAUCAGCGGCAGGUUGUGGUUACAAGAAGAUCGUUUCUGCCUCCGAAACGACGUGGAUUUGCUACAGAAGCACAACAGCGGAUGUUUACACCAUUCAGUUUUGUGCGAUUUUUACAUGGUAGACCAAAAUUGGGAAGCGACAGCAGCAGCGAUAGCGAUGAUGAAGCUGGUCCAUCGCAUGAUUUGCCUGCAUCUAGUGCAGAUAUGAGAAACUUGAGCAUCAUUCGGUCGAUCCCAUUCGUGGUACCGUUUAUGCAAAGAGUGAAGAUCUUCCAAGAUUUACUAGCCCAUGAUCGCGAGGCUAAUGAUAUCGUGGAUGAUUUUCAUAGUUUUGCGGGUUUGGGAUCACGACGGAAUGGUAUCAGCAUAGCGGUACGUCGACAACAUCUAUACGAGGAUGCCUUCGAGGCGUUAUCGCUUGGCAAU